AUUGUACAGCUAACAAUGACACCUGCAACAGGAAUGGAUUCUUGCUGUGUGGCUUUGAAAAACACCCACUUGAGAAGACCAAGCGGUUUCUGCAAUGGUGGUUCUGGGUUUUUGGGGGAGAGGGUUAGAGGGAGUUUUAGUAACAGGCUUUGCGCUAAUCAGUUGAGAACUGACAAGAGGAAGGUGAUACCUGGAGCUGUUCUUGCUGUUCUUACCUCAAAAGACGCCGAGGCUCUCUCUCAGACUCUGCAAAUGCCAUCGUUACCUAGGCGGAGAGUGGACCCGAAACAUGUAGCUUCCAUUAUAUUAGGAGGAGGCGCAGGGACUCAGCUCUUUCCUCUUACCAUAAGAUCAGCGAUACCCGCAGUCCCAGUUGGAGGAUGCUACCGGCUUAUAGACAUUCCAAUGAGCAAUUGCAUCAACAGCAAUAUAAACAAGAUUUUCGUACUGACGCAAUUUAAUUCUGCUUCUCUCAAUCGUCACAUUGCUCGCACCUAUUUUGGAAACGGUAUCAACUUUGGGGAUGGAUUUGUAGAGGUGCUGGCAGCCACUCAAACGCAAGGGGAAGCGGGAAUGAAUUGGUUCCAAGGAACAGCAGAUGCUGUGAGGCAAUUUAUAUGGGUUUUUGAGGAUGCCAAGAACAGGAAUAUUGAGAAUGUAGUGAUUUUGUCUGGCGAUCAUCUUUACCGAAUGGAUUAUAUGGACUUUGUGCAGAGUCAUGUUGAUAGAAAUGCCGAUAUUACAAUUUCGUGUGCAGCAGUUGAAUGCAUGUUUUCCAGUCGUGCGUCCGAUUAUGGAUUGGUGAAGAUAGACAGCAGAGGUAAAAUCAUCCAGUUUGCUGAAAAACCAAGGGGAGCUGAUCUAAAAGCAAUGCAAGCAGAUACCACUCUUCUGGGAUUAUUACCACAAGAUGCCAGGAAAAGCCCCUAUGUUGCAUCAAUGGGAGUUUAUGUAUUUAAGACAGAAGUUUUGCUAAAUCUUCUGAAGUGGAGGUAUCCGACAUCCAAUGACUUUGGAUCUGAAAUCAUUCCUGCGGCAGUGAGAGACCACAAUGUCCAGGCAUAUAUGUUCAGAGACUACUGGGAGGACAUUGGAACUAUAAAGUCUUUCUAUGAUGCUAACUUGGCCCUUACCGAAGAGAUUCCGAAAUUUGAGUUUUAUGAUCCAAAGACACCAAUCUUCACCUCUCCUGGAUUCUUACCACCAACAAAGAUUGAUAACUGCCGGAUUGCAGAUGCAAUAAUCUCACAUGGAUGUUUCUUGCAAGAUUGUAGUGUCCAGCAUUCAAUUGUGGGUGAACGUUCACGAUUGAAUUAUGGUGUCGAAAUCAAGGAUUCCAUAAUGAUGGGUGCCGACUAUUACCAAACUGAAUCUGAAAUCGCAUCGCUGCUUGCAGACGGGAAGGUCCCAAUUGGUAUUGGAAGCAAUACAAAGAUUUGGAAUUGUAUAAUUGAUAAGAAUGCGAGUAUAGGCAAGGACGUAAUGAUCGUGAACAAAAAUGGUGUUCAAGAAGCAGAUAGGCCAGAAGACGGAUUUUACAUUCGCGAGGAAUCACAAUUAUUCUGGAGAAGGCAACAGUACAAGACGGCAUGGUUAUAUAAUGGUCUUAAACGUCUCAACUACUUUCCAAGGACAGUUGAGAAAUGGUAACGAGAAAAGACUCUUGCAGUCGCAGUGCGCAUUUGGCAGAUGAGUGAAUAGCUUCUGCAGCAUUUUGUCUUUUCAAUAGCCAAGUUCCACCUUUGUUACUGUGUUCAAACCAGAAAAUCCUUCAGAACUCUUGAAUAUGGAUUUUAUAAGCUUAAAGCAUUAGAGAGUCGCGAGAUGUACAAAAAUAAGUUACAGAAAGCUGACCGCCGGCUGCUUUCAUCCUUCAUGGAGCUGAUAUAUCCCUAAGAAGCUAUGAACUUUCUGUAUCAAAUAUAAUUGCAGUGAGUUUGAAAUA